CAGUUCAGCUAAAACGAACAGACCCAUGACUGACAAAUGACAAUCGACGAUUCUACAUCUUAUGUUUUCCUAUCCUCGUUUUCAUCAUAUCCAUUAAAUUUACCUGUUUAUCCGUGUCCUUUUAUUUGACGAUUUUCUUGUGGUCUCAUUCUCAGAUGAGAUGUAACUAGUUGUUUAAUCGAUAGAAUGAGACAUCUCUUCUGUUACAUAUUGCUGAAUCACGGAAACGUGUUUAUGCAACUUUUUUCUUCAGGAGAAACCUUAUGGUACAAGUAUUUCCUUGACUCAUUACACGAAUGAUGUAAAUUAUUAUGAUGCAACAAUUAAUAAUAGUGAUAAUAUAAAUCCUAUAGAGAAAUUUUAUUUAAUCGGUGAACAGAAGUGGCAUAAGGAUACAAUAGUGCCAAUUUCAUUGCCAUUUACAAAGGGAAUGCCUGCGAGAUCUCAUCACAGGAUUCGGCAGUCCAUGACUGGACUGGAUGAUGCUGGAAUGGAUCUUCAAGUGGCCCAACUCAGUAGUCAAACAGACAAGGGGGUACAUUCCAGGAUCGCUCUAUCAUGGCUAGAUUGGCAAUUGCCUUUCUUUGUGACACUUUUUGUUAUCACUGGCACUAUUCUUUUUACAUUUCUGAUCUUGUUAUGGCUGCGGAAACAAAUGUCGCGUGAAAAAAAUACUGAAGAUGGCGAUCGGCACGAUUUAGUAGAAGAAGGUGCCAUUUGCCAGUCGGACAAGUUUAGUAAAGACACAAAAGGAUCUGUAGAAGCCAAAUGGGUUCAUGAAGUAUUUGCAAAGCAAUCUACAUCCAUGCAAUCAGUACAACCAGUUGUUCAAGCAUCAGAUUUACCAGAGGUGAUGUCCGUCGCGACACCUGAACGUAGACCGGAAGCGAUACGUAUAAAAGCGAAGGGACUGUUGGAACGACGUGGAUCGAGCACAAGUUUAACCAUAGAAUUAGCAACAGCUCCUGAAAGUCCACCACAUAUGGUUACUCCUACUCGAGAAUGUACGGCGGAAGAAUUUUUACUAAGCGCGGGAAAUGUAUUGUCGAGAACUCAACUGAAGAAGGCCGUUAACGAUCCAUCAACAUUGUACAAAGAAUUUUGGGAGGUGCCAUUAAAUCUCCCGGAGAAAGUGGACGUUUGCGGCUCAGGAGUGAAAAACCGAUAUUGCUCUGUUUUGCCCAAUCCGCAAUCGAGAGUAAUUCUACCAGGUUCCUCCGACGAUCCUCUCGCCGGCUACAUAAAUGCCAACUACAUCCGUGGAUACGAUGGCGAAGAUGGUAGAUACAUCGCGACACAGGGACCAUUAACUCACACGAUAGCGGAUUUCUGGAGAAUGAUCUGGGCAGAAAAAGUUCCUGUAAUUGUCAUGAUAACUAGAUUGCAUGAAGCCUCUAAAGCCAAGUGUGACGCAUAUUUUCCCUUUGAUGUAAACAGCCGUAUACAAGCUGGAUCUUUCACUAUUAUUGUCAACUAUGUCGAUAUGAAAAACGGAUAUACUAUCAGAACUAUGGAAAUUAGGCAUGAAGGAGAAAGAAGGCAUUUGCAACAUUACUGGUACGAUUCAUGGCCGGAUCAUGCCGUACCUCAAACUGCAGAUGCUCUCGUUAGCAUGGCUGCGGAAGUAAACUCUUUACCAGGGCCAACGGUCGUUCACUGUAGUGCAGGUAUAGGACGAACCGGCUGUUUUAUAGCGUUAGCAAUAGGAAUGAUUCAACUCGUGAGAGAUGGAAAUGUUGAUGUAUUGGGUAUUCUAUGCCAAAUGAGAUACGACAGAGGAGGGAUGGUGCAAACAGCUGAACAGUAUGAAUUUCUUCACAGAGCACUUUAUCUUUUUGAGCAGACGCUAGACGAUAAAUCGUCGACUUCGAGCGAUUGAAUGGAUAUUAUUUUAUAUUUUUUUCCUUUUUUUAAAAAAAAGGAUUUAUUAUUGCCUACAAGAAUAUCACUCCACACAGAUGUACAUAAGUAUGUGUGCGUGCAUGCGCGCGCGCGCAUGUGUGUGUGUGUGUGUGCAUUGCACUACAAACCAUUAAUUCCUACCGAAUCUCAACGGUCUGUGAACUGGCACUCCUAUCUCUAUCUUAAUAUCCAGACGAGUUGAAACUCUAACAAGCUGCCAUUUAUUACUGCCAUGACAAAUCGUUGACAAUUAAUAUCAAUCGCAAAGCUCAAGAGGAAAAAAAAGGAGUGCAUUUUUUUUAAUCAAGUGCUUCAAUUGAGGUAUCAAAUAGUUUAAUAUAGAAGAAAGAAUAUUUAUGUUUAUAGAGUGACGAGCACGAUAUGAAUCGCGCUGUGCAUACGCUUAAAUCAAGAUUAGAUUAUUUUAUAUAUAUAAGUUACGAAGUGUGUUAUAGAAUAUAAAAUUUUCAGACGUGGCGAUAAUACAUUCGCGAUUUGUAUCAUAAAAUUUGUAUUUAAAGAUCAGUUACUAAACUCGGGAUCUAAUUUUCUAUACAUUCCUCAUAUAAUUUUUUGUAUAAUUAUAAAAUAACUAAUA